UACUCGCAAAUGACGCGCCACGGUUGUCUCACACUGUGCUUGUCUUUGUCAAUACUAUUAUUUGUGCUAACAGUAUGGAAUAAUUUGCCAGAUCACUGCCCAAGGACCACACACACAGGUAGAAACACUGUUGCAGCAACAGUUACGAGGGCGCUUUCACGUUCUCGGUCGCCGAGUCCUCUGAAUGUAUCCAACCUCAACUCCACACCUCAUUCGGGUUCAAACGGGGCCGAAUGCAGUACACCUCCUGAAAAACGCUUCGACUGUGCAAGAGAUCGAGCACUCAGUCGGGCCGAGUGUGAGAGCAGGGGCUGCUGUUACGUGCCUCUACCUGCAGGCCUCUAUGGUGGACCUCCGUGGUGUUUCUAUCCCCCCGCGUACCCUGGCUACUCCAUGGGCCCACUUACCCCAACCUCGAAGGGCAUCGUUGCAAAUUUGGUCCGCUCGAAACCCUCCCAUCUCCCCAGAGAUUUAAGUGUUCUGAGCUUGGAAGUGGAAACAGGGGCUCAUUUACACAUCACAUUAAAGGAUCCCUUCUUUCCUCGAUAUGAGGUCCCUUUGUCUCCUCAACUGUCAGAGGGGUCUUCUGGCACUAAGGACAGAUGGUUAGACAUAAAGUUCCAGAAAGACCCCUUUGGCUUUGUAGUGCGCCGCAGUUCCAAUGGACGGGUUCUUUUGGACACCACAGUUGCCCCACUCCUCUUUGCUGACCAGUACUUACAGAUGUCCACCUCCCUGCCGUCUGGCCUGAUAUCUGGACUGGGGGAGCACUACACUCCCCUCACCCUGGACCUCAACUGGACCUCAGUCACGCUCUGGAACAAAGACAUGGCUCCGCAUAGCGAUGCCAACCUGUAUGGCUCCCACCCGUUUUGGCUGGUACAGGAGGGAGAUGGCCAGGCCUACGGAGUGCUGCUGCUCAACAGCAAUGCCAUGGAGGUGGUGUUGCAGCCCAUGCCUGCACUCACAGCAGUGUCACUUGGAGGGAUCCUGGACCUGUAUGUGUUUCCUGGGCCGGACCCCCAGAGCGUGGUCCGUCAGUACCAGGAUGUCAUAGGCUAUCCCAUGAUGCCCCCUUACUGGGCUCUGGGAUUCCACCUGUGUCGCUGGGGAUACCGCUCCACCAAUGAAACGAGAUCUGUAGCGCAGCGCAUGCAUGAGGCCAACUUUCCACUGGACGUGCAAUGGAAUGACCUGGAUUACGCAAACAAGCGUCGAGUCUUCACCUUUGACCCCAUGCACUUCGGAGACCUGCCUGAGAUGGUGGAGGAGUUCCACCAGAAAGGCAUGAGAUACAUCCUCAUCCUGGACCCUGGGAUUAGCAGUACAGCACAGCCAGGCUCUUACUGGCCAUAUGAUGAAGGUCUGCGCAGGGGGGUCUUCAUCAAGAACUCCACAGGCCAAACACUCAUAGGCAAGGUUUGGCCUGGGCCAACUGCGUUCCCUGACUUCACCAACCCUGAGACGGUGCACUGGUGGUGGGAGUGCAUCCGAGACUUCCAUGCCAAGGUGCCAGUGGAUGGCCUGUGGAUUGACAUGAACGAGCCAGCAAGUUUUGUUCAUGGUUCCGUGGAUGGAUGUCCAGACUCUGACCUGGAAAAUCCACCAUAUGUUCCAGAUGUAAUUGGAGGCCAAUUAAACUUUGGUACUUUGUGCAUGUCCGGCCAGCAGAAUCUCUCCACCCACUAUAACGUGCACAACCUUUAUGGCCUCACUGAGGCCAUUGCCACCUACAGUGCACUCCUGAAGGUCACAGGGUUGCGACCUUUUGUGCUGUCUCGCUCGUCCUUCCCUGGCUUGGGUAGUUUCUCGGCACACUGGACAGGGGACGUCAGAAGCACCUGGGAGCAGCUGCGGUAUUCAGUCCCAGCUGUGCUGCUGUUUGGGCUGUUCGGGGUGCCGUUGGUGGGGGCUGAUGUGUGCGGCUUUGGGGGAGACACCAACGAGGAGCUGUGUGUGCGCUGGACCCAGCUGGGGGCCUUCUACCCCUUCAUGAGGAAUCACAACGACAGGCCCAAUGCGCCUCAGGAGCCUUUCGUGUUCAGUCAGGAGGCUCAGGCAGCCAUGCGGGGUGCGCUGUUGCUUAGAUACUCGCUGCUGCCGUUCCUCUACACUCUCUUCUUCCGGGCACACACCUCCGCCGACACCGUCGCUCGCCCGCUGUUUCUCGAGUUUCCCACAGAUGACUACAGCCAUGCCAUCGAUCGCCAGUUCCUGUGGGGGAGUUCCCUCCUCAUCAGCCCCGUUCUAGAGCAGGGGAGCGUGGAGCUGUCUGCCUACUUCCCUCCAGGGCUGUGGUACAGCUUACACCAUGGCCAAGCCUAUGCCAGUAAGGGCCAGUACUUCACACUGUCAGCUCCCCUGAACAUCAUAAAUGUCCAUGUGAGAGGGGGCCACAUCGUAACCCAGCAGGAGCCGGCCCUGACGACCACAGCAGCACGUCGUAACCCAUUUGGCCUGGUGGUGGCGCUGUCUGAACAGGGUUGGGCCACCGGGGAGCUGUUCUGGGAUGAUGGGGUCAGCCUGGACACGUACAAGAGGGAAGACUACUCCCACAUCAUCUUCACUGUUAGAGAGUGUAAAUUGGUGAGUGACCUCAUCAUGCUGAAUGGGGACCUGGCCGGGCUGAUCCUAGGCCAGGUGAGGGUGUUUGGAGUGCCCUCUCGCCCCAGAGCAGUGUUGGCCAACGGGGAAACAGUGGCUGACUUCACAUACCAGCCUGCCACCAGGACUCUGACAGUGGCGUCCUUAUCCCUGCCCAUGACUGAGGUUUUCUCUGUGUAUUGGCUCCUAUGAGAUAAUGAAAAGCCCUUUGUGACUAAUGGACUCUUGGUGGCUCUGGGUGUCAAUGAACUCUCUGAUCAGGGCACUCUGGGAGAGGAAUGUGUCAAACAACAUGGCAGUGUCAUAGGCCCUGUGCCUGACCAAAAGAUUAGGGUUGGUUAUUCGCCGUUCCUGUAUGACUUUUUAAAAGGAGCCUAGGCCUAUUUUUGGACUUUGUAUACCCUUUUUAUGCCUGUUUUUUAUCAUGAGAGUGAAGAGUUGACAGGAAAUGUUUGAUGGAGAGAGAGAUGGAGGAAGUUCGGGAAACGGUCCAUACACAGUAUGAAGUUUAACCCGUCACCAGUUUGGGGAUGAUAUACUUAAAACAAUGAGGUGAUGUCUGCCCUUACCAAACUACUGAUAUACUGUACUACUGAUAUGCUGCUUUGUUUUGGAAAAAUAAAGUGUUGUGACCUAUAUUUUGUGCAAAACUUAAGUACUCAGGUGGAGCUCCUUUAGAAGUCUGCUGUCUGCUGUAUACUAAAUGACCAACUACGGGCUGAAAUGAAUGAAGACUUUACAUUUUUGACCCCUUGUACUAUUCACUCACUUAGUAGAAUGAAGCAAAUGACCUCUUGAAAAAAAUGCUUCUUGCGUAUGUCACUCUACCCCUUUCAAAGUUGUUUAAGGCCCAGUGUGCCAAAACAACUGCAAAAAUAGCUUCGCUCUGACACAGCAGCUCAAAGCUCAGUUCACACCUGCAGUAGCCUAGACCAGUGGUUCCCAACCUAUGGGUCGGGACCCACCUUAUGGGUCGCCAAAGAUCCACAGGGGGUCGCGGAGCCCUCUUGAUUUUAAGGGGUUUCAUUUUAAAUAUAUAUAGCCCAUGUUGAAUAAAAGACAAAGCAUUUAACUAAUAAAUGCAUAGAAGAAACAAAUUGUAAGUGCUACAUUAAACAUUUAUUCUAUAUUUGACCAAAGACGAAUUGAGGAAUAAAAUAACUAAAAUUAGUUUUCGCAGGAAACAGAGGGCAUCUUGUGACUCCGUCUCGUGCGGGCGCUCGCGUGGUUGGGUCACCAAAGCUUACAAUAGUAAAAACAUGGGUCCCUUAAGAAAAAGGUUGGGAACCACUGGCCUAGACAGCAAAAAUAUGCACCUGAAAUAUUCUGUUGGUUUGUGCUGUGUGUGUUUGUGGCGGGGGAGGGGGGGCAUAUUAUCAGGGAAUAUUUUUCGCUAUAUGAAAGUCAAAGUUUUUUCCCCAUAUGAAAUAAAAGUUUGCCUACCUUA